AUGAAGUGGAUAAGCGCCAUUAUUUUAUUAGCAAUUAUGGGCGUUACAAAAGCUCAUCACAUUAAACUGAUACUUCUCACGCUGCUGGGAUUGGCCGGAUUGUAUUGGAUGCAGAAUAACAGACCCAGCGGUCCUAAACAACUGUUCGACAUUGCAACAAAAUUACUCACAAAGCGAGAUAUACAUCAACAAACAAGUGAUAUUGAUUGGGAACUGGUCAUAACCAACGAUCCAUCCACUUGCGCCAGAAGUUACGUAUGUCAAUUAGCGGCAACAAGAGCUGAUGAUUCUAUGCUGGACAGAAUAAAGUUGGUAAACAGUAAAAUGGUUGAACCUAUAUUUAAUCAGAGAUUUUCAGGUACUCGCAAGGAACGAAUUGGGCUUUGAAGGAGAUUAAGAAGGCUUUAGCGCUUGGCGACUACCACGACCAGAAACUAUGUAAAAAGAAUUACAAACAUUGCCCGUAUUCUAUGAAACAGAUGCAACAACUUAUGCAAUUAUUCAGUAAUAAAUAAAGAUUGAUAUUUAAAUUAAUUUAUUUUCAUU